CAAAAUCUACAGCCAUUGAAGCCAUUUUUUUCUCAGAGUAAACAAAAACGAGAGAGAAAAAAUGGAGAAAAGAGGUUUCAGUUUUAGAUCAAUCCUCAUUAACUCUCUCUGGAUCACUCUCACUGGAAUCCUCUUGUUCAGUCUCUCCACCACCAAAAACCACAACUUUGGUUACAUCAAAUUCUUUUCCAUAACCGGAACAUUACUCAUAACCUUACCUUGGACAAUCCAGCUUUUGGUCACUUUUGUUGUAAUAUUACUGCAUAAGACCAAAGGUUACAAUCUUAUGUGGAUUGUUCAGUCACCAAAAUCCAAAGAAAAGAGUCAUCACACUAAUGUCGCCACCACUGCUACUGCUACUACUUCUUCUUGUUCAUCGCCUCUUAACUCUCUCCAGGUUCUGAAGAAAGGUGAUGUGGAUGAGUACGAGAUUAGGAUUGUGAUUGGUGCUGAUGGUCUUAGAAGUCCAAAGGAUGGAUCUUCUGCAACGCCUUUGGAAAUGCUCAAGGAGAUUGAACAAGGAAGAAAUAACACUAAGCUUCUCACUAAUGGAUCACCUGUUGCUGCUUAAACUAUGACUCUGUUUCUAUGUUCUGUUUUUUUUGUUUGUUUGUUUGUUUUUGUUUUUUCCCGUUUCUGCUGGACUGAAACAAAUGAAGCUUA